AUGCAUUUCCAGUCGCUCAUUUUCAGUUCGUGCCUUGCAACAGCCAUCGCUGUGCAUCAACAUCAUCAUGUACAUCAGCAUCCAGAACGAGAUUAUCCUCAGGAAACAUAUACCGUAACGAUAUCAUUGGCAUUGGCCACUGCGCCAGCAGCAGCAGUUCCAACAACCAGUUGUUCUUCUUCUUCUUCUACUUCUUUUCUUCCAUCUCAACCGAGUGACACUGGCGCUUUGUCACCACAUUCAAAUUCGAAAUGUUCUUACUGGUUGGAAGAUGUCCGGCACCAGGGUGUUGCCCCAUUCAAUUCCAAUGCCACCAACUAUAGGGUCUUCCGCAACGUGAAAGACUACGGGGCCAAGGGAGAUGGUGUUACAGAUGACACAAUAGCCAUCAAUUUGGCGAUCAGCGACGGUAACAGAUGCGCACCAGGCAAGUGCGCCUCGUCGACGACAACACCGGCCCUGGUCUAUUUCCCGCCAGGCACAUACCUUGUUUCGGAUGCCAUUGUCGGCUAUUACUACACGCAGAUUGUCGGCAAUCCAAAUUGCCUGCCCAUCAUCAAAGCUAGCCCGCGCUUCUCUGGAGCUUGGAUCUUUGACGGAAAUAAAUACGGCGCCAAUGGCCUGGGCUGGGGCUCAACCAAUGUCUUCUGGCGUCAGAUUCGUAACUUUGUUGUCGACAUGACCGAUAUUCCCGCUUCGAAAGCGGUUUCCGGAGUCCAUUGGGCGGUGUCGCAGGCGACAUCCCUUCAAAAUAUUGUCUUCCAAAUGUCGGCUGCCACAGGUACACAACACGCAGGCGUGUUCAUCGAAGAAGGCUCCGGUGGGUUUGCUACCGACCUGGUAUUCCACGGAGGUCUGUACGGAAUCAAUGUCGGCAAUCAGCAAUACACCAUGCGGAAUUUGACGUUUUACAACUCCGUCACUGCCAUCAGACAAAUCUGGGACUGGGGUUGGACUUACUCCGGCAUCGUCAUCAAUGAUUGUCAGAUUGGAUUGAACUUGACUGACCUCAAGUCUGACGGGUCCCAAGAUGUCGGCGCUGUCGUUUUGUAUGACAGCGAGAUAAACAACACACCUGUCGGCGUUUGGACUGCUCGUACGCGGGGCUCAACACCUCCAUCAGGUGGCAGUCUUAUCCUUGAGAACGUGAAUAUCCAGAAUGUCGAAGUGGCUGUCCAAGGUUCCCACAAUGAGACCAUCCUUGCAGGUUCAACACGCCCGACAACUAUCACCGCCUGGGGACAGGGCCAUGCAUACACAGCAUCCAAGGGGCCGAGCAAUUUCCAGCAGAGUAUACCUGCUAAUGAUAGACCACGGACCUUGAACCAAAGGGGAAGAUAUUAUAUCCGCUCCAAGCCUCAAUAUGAAGACUAUCCAGCCGCACAGAUUGUCAGCAUCCGUGGCGCUGGAGCUGUUGGUGACGGCAAGACUGACGACACAAAAGCCAUCAACGCCGCUCUAUUGGCUGCAGCUGCCGCCCAAAAAGUCGUCUUCUUUGAUGCUGGGUACUACAAAGUCACUGGGACUAUAUUCGUGCCAGUCGGAUCGAAGAUUACCGGAGAAUCCUACCCCGUCAUCUUGUCGAGUGGCAAAUAUUUCGCAGACAUCAACAAUCCCCAACCCGUUGUCCAAGUCGGUAAUCCAGGCCAAGUUGGCAAGGUCGAGUGGACUGACACAAUUGUGAGCACCCAGGGUGCGCAAGCUGGGGCGGUGUUGAUACAAUGGAAUGUUGCCUCUAGGGGAGCACCAUCUGGCAUGUGGGAUGUCCACACGCGCAUUGGUGGGUUUGCAGGCUCCAAGCUUCAAGUGGCGGAUUGCCCCAAGACGCCAAACACGGUUUUGACUGCAAACAAGCUCAAUGAGCAGUGUAUUGCGGCAUUUCAAAGCGUCCAUGUGACCCAGAAGGCCAAUGGCGUAUACAUGGAGAACUGUUGGUUCUGGGUUGCCGACCACGAUGUUGAAGACCCUGAGUUGACUCAGAUCACUAUUUACGCUGGACGAGGUCUGCUCGUUGAAAGCGAGGUGGGCAAUGUUUGGCUCAUUGGAACGGGUGUUGAGCAUCAUGUCCUUUAUGAAUACCAGCUUGUCAAGACGCAGAACGUGGUUAUGGGGCAAAUCCAAACAGAAACAGCCUACUAUCAACCAAACCCGGACGCAACAAUUCCGUUCCCGGUUGUCAAGUCACUGAAUGACCCAGUCAUUGCCAAAGGCCAGGACGGCUGGGGGCUCCGCAUUGUCGAUAGUAGUGAUGUUUUUGUUUACGGCGCAGGGCUGUAUUCUUUCUUCAACAACUACAAUGUGUCUUGCGCGCAACAAGGUGUAACCGACAAGUGCCAGACUCGGAUCGCGAGCAUUGAAGACAGCUCCGUUUCAGUGUACAACUUGAACACCAUCGGGUCGGCGUCCAUGGUGACCGUCGAUGGACGUGAUAUUGCGAGCUGGGCGGACAAUAGAAACAACUUUGUGUCAACAAUUGCCUGGCUGACGACUUGA